AUGAAAGUCGCGGUAACGGCGCUCACUCUUUGCUUCUUACCAGCAAAAGGCGAAACAGUGACGAAGUAUACCUUCAUCGCGAACCGCCCACGCUUAUCCCCCCGAGGAGGCAGAGAGGGAAUUUGGACAAACCUGGGAAGGAAAAAAAAAAAAAAAAAAAACGCCAUACACAUAAGCGGAAACGACCUGUUCGAAUACUUUGCCACGUUAACCAACGAAGAAAACGAAAUGAAUGAAGAAAGAAAAAAAAAAAAUAAAAAAUACUCCGUUACGUAUGUACAAAAAUUGCCAAAAAAAAAUCUACUCCUAAAAAGAUGGAAAUACGAUCUGUAUGAAAAAAUUAAAGAAAAAAUGAAAAGAGACCAUGAGAUAAUGAGUAGAACAAGGGUGUGUCAACGCAAGUAUAAAUUGCCGGUUGAUUUUUUCAAGCUAGGGGACCAGGUGCGAGGAAAGGUUGUCCAGGUAGAGAACCACCUCAUUAAGGUAGACAUAAACGCCAUUAACUUUGCACACCUCUACAUUAAACGCUACUUUGAAGACAAGGCACAACUGGGAAAAAAGUACCAGGUGGGAAAACACAUCGAUGUGGUCAUAUGUUACAUCCAUAAGAAGAAUGGGAUCAUUCAGGUUACGGACAAUGAGGAAGAAAUUAAGGCCCUGCGUCGGAGUUUGCAGAAAUUGAGAGACGCAGGGUUUUUGCGGGGGCGCACUGGGGAGGGGGCAGACUCGACAACGGACGAUACGGCAGACCCGAAAGAGGACUCUCCGGGCGAAGUGAGAGAAGAAUCCGUGGUGGAACCCUUAGAAGACCCCUCCGAAGAGCUGGUCUCUAACCAGACGAAUCUUCCAACCGUAAACAAUGGUAACGACGCUAACCCCGCUGGUAACCCCGCUGGUAACCCCAUUGUUAGCCCCCCCGAAGAGGUGAAGAAAAAACUCGGCGUGGACUUCCGAACCAAUGAGGAGGAGGAAGACCUCAUGUACAUCAAAGAGGAAAGUCCAUCCAAGAGGAAAAAAAAAAUUACCCACUACAAGAUAGAAGACACGGUAAGUGGAGUGGUGCAACACAUAAACGAAGAGGGAGCCUACAUAGACAUCGGGUGCAAGACAUUGGCCUUCCUCAAUUUGGGUCACUACAAUAAGGACCCCAUGUCAUUAGUUAAAGAUGUCAAGAAGAAAAGAAUAUCCAUUGGAGAUUAUCUAAAAAAUUUAAAAGUUAGAAAAGUAGAUGUACUGAGUAACAGAAUCGAAGUUACCAUGUAUAGCCAGGAGGAGGAAGCAUGUCUGCGUGUUCUAACUCAACAAGAAACCGUGAAGGAGCAAAACAAAUACAUGCCAUGUCCUUCCUAUGUCACGCAUAACUACCACAUGAUUAAUUACCUAAAAAAAUAUAACGAACUGAAAAAACAGAAAAAAAAAAACAUACAUAAUUUGUUCGACAAGAAAGAACAACUAGAUGAAUUGAAGAAAGUUUCUCAUCUGAAGAAAAGCCAGUUCACUCAUUUCAUGCUCCGUUACAAUGAACUUACCUCACCGAACACUAACUACGAAGAUAUGCUCGAGCAGCAUGCAGACAAUGAGCAGUUUUUACGGGAAAUUGGUGCACUCCCCAACCCAGACGAUGAACAAGCAGACGAAAAGUUCAGUCUGGAAUCCUUGAAAAAGCAGAAUAAAGCAUUAAAGGAUGAAAUUGAGAGAUACAGGGAGGGUUCUUCCAACACACACAUGACGGAUGAAGAUGGAAAUCACCACGGGGAGGAAUCCCCAUCCGGAUCGACCCAAAUGAUCGACGAAAAUUUGAGGAAAUUGUUUAACAACGAUUUGCACAACUUGGAUGAACCCAUGGAUAAGUGCUCCACUGACAGGAACACCGAUGGUUGGGAGGACCAAACCAUCCCCAUGGAAGACGAUUCAGAUGAUUUUUUCCGUCUUUGGCAUGAACGUGCAACCCAGAAAGUAAGGAACAAACGGGACGACAGUAUCGUAGACGGAAACAAACAAACACUCAUGUACCUGAAGGAUAACAUUAGCAAAAUUAAGGAAAGUGUACUAACUGAGGGGAAGAAGAAAACUGACGUGAAAGCGAAUCGAGGUGAACAGUUAAGCAGCACAUCCCGUGAAGACUCACGCGAGAUGCUACAGCGGUGGAACCAAGUCCUAACGGGUGAUCCAAACAAAAGGGAAAGCGCUACACAUGAUGGAGUUGGUGAGAGGAAGGAUUCUACGGGGGGGGAACAGCCCAACUGGGCCAGGUACUUGGAGGAAGAUGAUGAAGAAGACGACAACGACGAUGCGGAUGACGUGGAAACCCCAGGACAAAAGAAAAAAAAAAAAAAACUUAAAAAGAGAAAUAUCUUUCGGGAUGAUGAACAAGUGGAGGAGGACCUCCCUAAUCGGGCGGAUCGCGAAGGCUACGGCGACGGUGACAAAUUCGCGGAUAAUUUCACCCACGGGAGGGAGGACGCAGGGGAGGGUAUCCAAAACAGUGAUGAGCAAAGUAUUGACAACGAACAAGGAGAUGACUCAGACAACGAACGCUCCUUUUUUAACGUGAAAAAAGAACUAAAGUACAUCUUCAGCCAAAACCUAAGCAUGACCCUCCCCAAGGAUGAAGAGAAAUGCAUAGAGGAAGCAUCCAAGCUUUUUGGGGAUGAUAUAAAAACGUGGAAUGAAAAAAUGUACUACUACUUUGGGGACAGAGAUCAGGUUCCCUUAGACGGGUUCGAUAUUUAUGAUGAAGACGAAUUUAGAAACAAUAUAGUGGAUAAGGGGGUUCAGGAGUUUAGCGAAUAUCAUAAGCUGCUCGACACGCAGCAGUUUGACGUGACCAGCGAGAGGGACUUUUUGGGCGCCACAUACGGUGGUGCAGUUGUAAGCGGUUCGGCGGGAAAUGGUCCUACUGGAAGUGGUCCAGCUGCAAGUGGGCCCAUUGGAGGAGGUCCCACUAACAGGCCUCUCAACGGAGAUAACCUCGCAGACCCCAUCAAGGAAGAAACCACCCAACAGGGAAGCACAUCCACGGGGGCAGAUACUCCCCCCGCAUCCAACACGCAGCAAGCCAAACUGAGUGAAGCCCCCCUGGAGGAUGAUCUCGAAAGUUACUUGAGCACCUUCGUGGAUGAGCAGAAGGAGCAAAACCAGCAGGAUUAUCCGACGAACGAGCUGCAGAAUCGACCGAAUAAACAAGCGCAUGGAAAGAAACACACACAGAAGUGCGUCCCUGAUUUACACCCCCCAGAAGAAAACGUGAUAAGCGAGAAGACGCCCGUGGGGAAGAGAACCGACGAAAGAUCAACCAACUGGAGGGACCAGGUGCACCCGGUGAACUGCCUACACAACGGAGACACGCGUCAACCAAGUGGUGCAAUCCAGAUGGACAAAGGGGACUCAAACCAGGGUGCAAACUCCUCUACUGAGGGAGAAAUAAACGUAGACGAUAUUGUGAACAAGGCUAUAAACAUUGGGAAUCUGUUCAGAAGGAAGGAACUGGCAAGGUUGAUGCAAAGGAAGAAGAUGGAAGAGUGCGAAAGGGGGGGCAGUGCUGAUGCAGGUGGUGAGGAGUUCCCCCGUGGAGGUGAUCAGCCAUGCAGCCCUGCGAAGGGGCUUGUGGAGGACCCGUCAAGGAAACCCUUCCUAAGAGUUAGCAAAAUUGUGAAGCAGGGCGACAAGGAGGGAAUAGCCCCUCCAGACGUGAAAGAAAAGGAGGAGGAAAAUAAAAACGGAAAGAGCAACGUUGAGGAUGAGCGCGACGAACUGAAGCCAUACAGGCACGCAUCCUACGAGGUGCUGGGAUACUACAAGAGGAAGAGAAAAAUGAGAAACUUCCACGACUUGGAAGCAGUCGAUGCGGAAAAUGAUGAAGACGUCAUUUUAAAUGAGCAGGAUUUGUUGGGUAAGUCUACUGACGACAUACCAAGUGAUGAUAAGAAUGACCCCCACGAGGAAAAGAAGAAAAAAGAUCUUCUAAAUCUGGACAAACAAAUGGAUCUGCUCUUCCUACAUGGACAGGAGGACAAAUUAACGGGAGGAAGUUACGUGGAGAAAUUACUCUGCGAGGAAAAAUAUAAAAACAAAAAUGCCAACAAGGAAAUAGACUUCCUCAUUCAGAAUUAUAAAUAUGUGAAGGAACACCCGGAUGAGCUGAUUCAAGAUUUUUACAACACAAGAGAGGGGGAGGAAAAAACUCCUAUCGAUCUGUCAGACGGAGGCGUCAACGAUGUGGUGGACGCAACAAAUGGAGAAGAGGAAAACCGUCAAAGGGGCAUACCAAACGGUGGGGUGUACAAAACGGAAAAGGGGAAAAAACUUCCAACAGGAAAAAGCUCAUCCAGGGAAAAAACACAUACAGCACUGUCAACUGACUUUAAUAUAAAAAAAACGAAAGAAAUCGAAGCAGAAGCGAAUCACAUGUCUGAGGAAAGCGUAGCCCUCAGAUCGUUGUCCUUAAAAUUGGGUCUUUUAAAAGAAGAGCAUAUGCACCUCGAUGACCAGUCACUCAUUAACCUCUUUGUGAGGAACCAAAAAUUUAGAAGAGCCUUAAAAUUCUAUGACAUUAAAAAUUUGAAAAAUGUUACCAUACCCCUGAUUUAUAAAAUUACGAAGCUGCUUUAUUUUGAGCGUCCCUUCCCUAAGAAGGAGCAAACGCGCAAGUUAAACAUGGAUUAG